AACUAGCCAGACAAAUCUUUGACAUUGUGGGUCGUGGCUACCCACUGUCCUGUGUGGCGCAGGUAUCUGCCCAUCACACGGGAGAGAGAUGUGGCAAAGAACAGGACAGGCCGAAACAGGAGGUGACAGCAGGAUGUGAAAAACAAAGGAUAUUUCCCGCUGAGCAACGCUGGGACGUGGAUACGAAAGCCCGGGGGAAUAUCGACAAUGUUGACACCAUUGAAAUUGUUUGUUUGCCAGAUGGCACUGAACAUAGUCUGUCACAACGCAAAAGCCAGUUUAUGUCUCGGUGGCCGGGAUAUAUUCAGCACGGUUAGAGAGAACAGCCCCAAUGGAGAAUUCAUAGCCAACCUCAGUAUCAACGGAGACCCGGGAACCAAUAGCAUUCGUCUGUGUGUCACGGGACAGGAUGCUGAUUGGUUUUACCUCGAAGGUCGCACGAUCAGACUGAACUCAUCACUUUCAAAGACCUUGGAUCGAGAGGUCCUGGGAUCAGUCCUGAUAGCUGCUUUGACAUGUUAUGAAGAUAAAGUUAUACGGAGUCAAUACAGAAUCAUAGUGGAAAUUCUGGAUGAAAAUGACAACAUGCCAUAUUUCCUAGAGGACACAAUUCAACCACGAUACAUAAGUGAGUUGAUGGCUGUUAACUCCAUGGCGUUUACAGUCAAAGCCAAAGAUGGGGAUGAAGACACAAUCACUUAUAUGACGGAUAAAUCUUUACCGGAUGCCAGCUAUUUCCGAAUAGAUCUGCCCAACAGUGGGAGGGUAGUCCUGGACAAACCACUGGACUUUGAAACCAAAUCUCAUCUGCAGGUGGUCAUAUUUGCUGUGGAAACAAAUACCAAAGAAAAGUACAGCACAACAGCUACCGUUACAGUGAAUGUUCUGGAUGGCGAUGAUCAGUACCCACAGUUUUUGCCUUGCUCCCCUGUUUAUGAAGGCGGAGAUGACACCAUCUGCACCAAUCCUGUCUACACUGUGAACAUCACAGAAACAGAUGAGGACAUUGUGCUUUAUUUCUCACCGGCUCCUAUUCAUGCUGAAGAUGGAGACAAAGACAUCCAGACUCCUCUGGUCUACAGCAUACUGUCAGGUAAUGAUGAUGGCAGGUUUACAAUCGGCCCUGAAACAGGAGAGAUAACACUAAAGCACAGAGUAGAAAACAGGUUCCUGACACCUUCAUUUAGAUUGCGCAUAAUGGUUGCGCAGGUGAAUGACCCAAAAAAAUAUUCUGUCACAACAGCGCUUGUUCACGUGAUAUCUGUGAACCGCUUUCCUCCUUAUUUCAACCAAACUAUCUACAAAGGGUUUCUCAUCGAGAACUCCAGUCCUGCGGCACUCGUCACCACAUAUGGGAACCAAGUGCUGGUGGUCCAGGCCAUUGACGGGGACUUUAGAGAUGGAAUAAACCCCAAAAUUCACUACACUCUUCAUCCUAUGACAGGCAGAUAUAAACUGUAUCACAUUACUCAGGAUGGUAUUGUGAUUGCCAAGAGUGAUCGGCUAAGAGCCUUUGACCGUCACAUCCUGGAGGUGAUAGCAACAGAUGAAGAAUCAGGUGAGACUGCCCAUGCUUCAGUGGACAUUGAAGUUCUACAGAGGGGACAUCUAGUUCCCAGAAAUCCAUUUGGAGAAGAACGACUGUUUGGAGACAUGAAUGCUGGGAUGGCUGGGGGCAUAGCUGCUCUUGUUCUCAUAGUAGCUAUAACAACACUAUUUAUUUUCCUCUGGUUGGUCAAGAAGCGAAGAGAGAGACAGUAUCCAGCAGAGAGGGGCGCCAUAGCACUCGGAAAGCAUCCUAAUGUGGAAGCCACGGCACCCAUUUCACCUCACCACAUUCUGCAGCAACAGCAAAUGUAGUUGAAAAAAGUGAAAUUGCUGAAUUUCGAGAAUCAGAUUCAGAUCUCCAACAGCACAUGCAGGCAUCUGUGCUAAGGCCAAGAGCAUCAUCAAAGACUUUAAAGCACAUGGAGAUGAACAAAUAAUUUUUUGUGCUUACAUGAACUUUUGAGGGCAGCGUUUUUGUGGUAUUUUGUAUUAUUCAAGAAAUUGUUGUUGUGUUUGGUAUGGGGGAGAUGCAUUUACAUUUGACAGAUACUUUUAACCAAAGCAAUGUGUAUUCAAGCUUCUGAUCAGUGCUGUUUAUGUGUUCCAUGGUGGGUGUCGAAUCCAAGACCUUUGUGCUGCUAAUGCAAUGCUCUGACUGAGCAAAAGGAACAGAAAGAUGAAGAAAUGCAGUGGCCAUCGGCACAGCCACUAUGAGACCUGAUUGUGGCAGCUCGUACAGUUUUUCCAGCUUCUUGAAUUACAUUUCUGCUCCAUUAAAGCCAGUUUGGUAUCUUUUUAAAUGAAAGAAACGCUAACUGUAUUGCACUGCACUUUGAAAUGAUCAGUAUUUAAAAUUGAUUAAAAUCCUGUUCAUGAUGAAUUUACUGUAUGGUGUCUUCCUCCGGGGGGCGCACAGGGGCUGAGUGCCACAUUAGAAUUUUCCUUG